AUGUCGAAGGACUGGUUGAAAGAUGGACCAGACCCGGUUCUUUCGACUGUGGUCUCGCUAAAGGAGAAAGGUAUUCACGUGAACGAGAAGGAUCUUGACGAUGCGGCAAAGUACACAGGACUCGCAGAAGACUAUACGCUAGAUCCUGAUUAUGAAAAGAAGCUUGUGAAAAAGAUCGAUUGGUAUAUUUUACCAAUGGUCGCAGCAUUGAUGUCAUGCCAGCUGAUGGACAAGACGACAAACUCAUAUGCCGCUCUCAUGGGACUCCGAACAGAUCUUAAUAUGAGCUCAGAAGAGUAUAGUUGGGUCGGGUCAUCUUUUUAUCUGGGCUAUCUGGUUUUCGAGUACCCUGCUGGGCUGGCCUUGCAGAAGCUACCCUUGUCGAAGACAUUAUCUGCGGCAGUGGUUAUUUGGGGCGUCGUGCUAAUGUGUCACGCGGCUUGUCAGUCUGCACCAACAUUCCUUCUCUGUCGUACCUUAUUAGGAGUAUUUGAAGGGUUUAUGAACCCAGCAUAUAUCCUGCUAACUUCCCAGUGGUACAAAAAGGAAGAACAAUUUAUGAGAACUUGCUUCUGGUACGGCUCUCAAGGAUUGGGUACUUUAUUGGGCGCGGCAAUAGCGUACGGGCUGAAAGUUCACAGAGACGGAGAACACUCGUUUGCCUCGUGGAGACUGUUCUACAUAAUUACAGGCGUGAUCACAAUCUUCCUUGGAGUUGUCUCCAUGCUUCAUAUUCCAGAUCUUCCCGUGAAAGCCUGGUUUUUGAAUGAAGAAGACAAGCGUUGCUGUGUUGAAAGAGCUCGGCACAAUCAGCAAGGCUUUGGAAAUCAUCGGCUGAAAUUACCUCAACUAAAAGAAGCCGCUCUUGAUCCGACCACCUACCUAAUUUUCAUCUAUGCGAUGAGUUACGCUAUUCCCAAUGGUGGCCUCAACAAUUUUGGAACAAUUUUACUCAACUCAGACUUUGGUUUCAGUACCACCGACUCAAUGCUGAUGAAUAUGCCUGGUGGUGCCAUUGAUGUGGUGAUCCCUCCUGUAGUCGCUAUCAUCAAUCACAAGUUUUUAAAGGACAAAUGA